GUGGACAAAUUCACACCGACAAAAGAAAAGCUUUGGUGUCUCACAUUAGUGAGAACAGCAUUCUGGACAUUUUUACCUCUACUGAACAAGUGGAGUUGGAGUCCUGAGGCAAGGAAACCAAAUGACCGCCGUGAAUUGUGAGCAACCUGGCUGCCUGUAAAGGCUGAGUAUUCUUUACUUAUGGCAGAGCUGCAGUAACAAAAUUUUGAGGACUCCAAUGUUGCCUGUUGUGGUAGUCCAUGGUGGUGCAGGUUAUGUUGCCAAGCAGCAAUUUGAGGCCUCCACUGCCGGUGUGCGGGAAGCAGCAAGGAAGGGAUAUGCCAUUCUGAAGUCUGGAGGGAGUGCCCUGGAUGCUGUGGUAGAAACCGUUGCCAUCCUGGAAAAUAACCCAACAUAUAAUGCAGGUCGAGGCUCAGUGUUGAAUGCGAAGGGAGAAGUGGAGAUGGAUGCUCUGGUAAUGGAGGGGCGCACAUUGGCCUGUGGUGCUGUGUCUGCAGUCAGGAGAUUGGCUAACCCAAUUCACCUGGCCAGGCUGGUCAUGGAGAAGACUAGUCAUGUGUAUCUGACUGCUGAAGGGGCUUCCAAGUUUGCCAGGGCCAUGGGGAUCCCUGAAGUGCCUGAGGAGUCUCUGAUCACAGACUAUGCCAGGAAGUGCUGGAAGGACAACCAACGUCCAGACGCCAACCCUGUGCAGUACCAGAUAGGUAAAAUGGGUACAGUUGGGGCAGUAGCUGUGGAUGUGCAGGGAAACCUUGCUUGUGCUACCUCUACGGGUGGCAUGCUGAACAAGAUGGAGGGUCGUGUGGGAGACACUCCAUGCAUUGGGUGUGGAGGUUAUGCAGAUAACAAGACUGGGGCUGUAUCAACUACUGGUCAUGGAGAAGCCAUCAUGAAAAUCACUCUGCCCAGGCUUAUUCUCUUCUACAUGGAGCAAGGAAAAAGCCCUGAGGAGGCAAGUGACAUGGCCCUGGCCUACAUGAUGGAGCGAGUCAGUGGUCUGGGUGGAGUGGUGGUUGUGGACCCUAAAGGUACCUGGGCAGCUCGCUUCAACACCAAAUACAUGGCAUGGGCUGCAGCACAUCAGGAGCAGCUCCACUAUGGCUUUUCUCUUGGAGAGGACUUUACUGAGCCUCUAUAGUUUCCAGCAUGCUCACCAAACGAGCUUGUUUCCACGACACAUGUACAUAGUGCAAAUUACAAUUUAAGACAAUAUGGCCAACAGAUGCCAUUUUUGUUCAUAGUGAUUUAUUACAUAGGUCACUUGAGGUGGUUGCUUGUUUAUACAUACAAACCAUUAAGGGUACAUAUUCAAUAGCGAUUAAUGUGAAAUCAGUAUGAUUUUAAUUUAAUCAUAAAAUACUAUUGAAUAACCCAUCAUUUCAAGAGAAAAUAUAUUACCUAUAUGCAUACUGCUGGUUUUUACUGCUCUGUCUGGCUUGUCUUCUAUAAACUCUUGGCAAACUUACAAAAUGCAAUCCACUGUUAUUCACAAAACAAACUUUUUUUCAUUCACAAUUUUCUAAAAAUCUGCAGCACCAAAACUGUAAUGUUUAGGAUCUGGGUCUGUAACUAUAUAAAUGAUCAUUUCUGCUCAAAUAAUUUUUACUUCCUAACUUUUUGUUAGGAAUCAUCACAACAGUUUUGAAAUUACCUGCCAUUUUUAAAGGGACUUUGGGUAGAACUGGAGUAAAAUACUAAAACAACAAUACCAGUAAAUGUCUUUACUCCUUGACCCCCUCACCUCCCAUCCAUACCUCCCUGGUGACUACAGUUCAUCCACAGUUGUGAGGUAGCUAACUUUUACAUCCACUAACUAACUGGAAACCCAUCUUAAAAUUGCUGUAUAACAUUUACACUAAGAAAAGCAGACUAAACCUCUAGUUCAUAUUUACACCGGUGAUGUUUAUUGCCUUCAUUAGCAAUGUUUUGAGUUAAUUAGCUGAUUAGAGUUCUACUCAGGUUGACAUUUCUGUAUUAUAAACUCUUUAUUCUAA